CACAGUGUGUGUUUUUAUUUAUUAGGGGCUGUCACACCCCGUGUCAUGUGCUGCGGUUCCCCCACGGGGAGCCACGGAGGUCGAUCCGCCGACUCUCUGUCUCCUCCCAUCGGCGUCCUCCUGCACGCUGCGCGCGGCCACACCUGCAUUAACCGGGGGAAGUCUGUCCGGUGGAGAAGAGAGGCGCAGAGACCGAGAGGCUUCUUCAGAGGAGCGGAGGAGGCAGGACGCGGAGCACCUUCAAGCUGCUCCUUUGGCUUUAUUAGGCGACUCUACAGACACUUUGAUCCGGAAAGGGUGAAGGCAUGAAGGCACUGCAGCCGUGGAGGACACAGGGUGGGACAUUAUAGGAUUAAAGACGAGGUAGAUCCGGAAUAGAAGAGGUCGAGUGUGAGCAGCUGAGCGCACAGGUUUUCCCUUGUGAUCCCCGACAGAGCGAGGACAGUGACACUGACUCGGCCAUUGUCUCCUCACUGUUUCCGGACAGAGUGAGGCUCCCCGGGUGCCUCCGCUGUCCAUUGUGACCGUAGAGAAGAAAGAAAGCUCCAGCUUGUCUGCAAAAAGACCUAUUCAGCAUCAUUUCUCUUUGCCAGCUACAUUUGCAACCCCAAGAACAGCCAGUGAAGUCUCAGCACUAUCCCUAGCCCCGAGCCUAUCCCUCCAUCCUCGGCCCCCUCUCCUCUAACCCCCUUAUCCCUAUCCCACUUCCCCAGCCUCAGACUUUGCCCCAUUCGGAGUCCCAGAUGACAGCUCAGAAACAUCCGUUACCCUCCCACUCCACACGAGCCUUCUUUCCUCUCCCUCCAGCCCCUGUGGCGCUUGGCACCGAUGCCCAUCACAUAGACAGAUGGAGCCAACCCUGACCCCUCUCCUCGCCCGUGGGGACGCCAAGAGAAUCAACGCCUGACUAGAGGAGAGGGGGUGUGUGUGAGUGUGCGUGAGGGGGGAGGGAGGAGGAGACAGGAAGGAGAGAGUAUUGCUUUGUCACCACGGCAACACAUCGCCCAGUCUCCCGUGGACUCCCCUUCAGCCCACAGCAGGAAAUCCAACAGCAGGACCAGAAGGACUCCCUGAGUUGUGCCUGACAUAUUUUUACUUUAUUUGGCAGAAAUAUCUCGUUCAAUGUUCAUGUGGAGAGAAGAUGCAAACGUUGACAAAAUUCUAAAUAUAGCAAACAUCAUUUAAAAGAAACAGGAAACCACAAGAAGACUGAUAUAAAAACGCUGAAGGAAACGCCCACUCCUCGGUUUUAAAGUGUUGCUUAAGUUUCACUCUGAGCCCCACUCUUCCUUUCCCCUCUGGCCUCUGUGAUCUAAAUGAAUUACAGUAAGAAAAGCUGCAGCACUUUUGGCAGAAAUAUUACCAUUUUUCCUGGCACGUGGGAGAAGAAAGACACUUUUUUCAUUGUGCUUCCCACACGUGAAUAAAGCAGAAGAAGCUUUUCCCUGAUAGCAAAAAGUAAAUACAUGUGGGACUCCAGUCAGUGCUUCCUUGCGUACAUGUAUGCCUUCAUCUAUGCUGUAACGUCGUGCAUUACACCACUGCUAACUGGUCCCAACACUGACUUUGUGUCAAGGCAUUUGCAGUUUCAUCCUCCUGAUUAAACAUCCCACCUGAGUCCCUGCAAUUUCUUACAAGAAGCAAGAUUUUGGCACUUUCACUGGAUGUUGUUGCCGUCUUCUACCCUCCUCUGCCGACCGGCAUUCUGAUUAGUAUGUAAUGCCAGACUACCAAUUUUAAAAGAAGCACGCAUCAACAAUAAAAUGAGACACUAAUGGCCGGUGAAAUGAUUUCAGCGGGCUGACAUAACAGAGGGGGGAAUACCGGAGUCCCAAUGCUUCCCAGGUGACUGCUGCUGCCGCUCUGCAAAACCAGACUGGAAAUUCUGUGGCUGUUUGGAUUCUUUGCCUUCGAUGUUGAAGCUGAAAGGAGGAUUUGGAUCCACUUCUGUAUCCAGUUAGUGUGAGCUGCAAGGAUUUUUAUUCACACAGGACCAAGAGACCUGAACUGAUGUUGUGGAGCCUUUGAAUAGAGGCCAAAAAAACUACAAAUACACUGAGCUCAGUCAAGUGUUUUAGUGCAUUUGGUGCAUUACAUUCAUUUCCUCUGCAUAUUUGCAGAUAAUAUACGGAGCAACCCUGUGAAACGUGUCAUUUUCCACUGGUCCUGACGAAAUAAGGACUGAAAGGAUUGUCAGGUGGAUUCCGUCUUCUCCGUGGUGGUGGCGACUUUAUUCAGCAGGCUGGGAGUGGCAUCAGGAUGCCUGAACUGGACGACUUUCCCCCCCUGAGGGGUCCGAGAGGCCCCGAGCAGGGCCUGAAUGGUCCAGCAGACCCACUUCGGAUUCAGCACGGCAUCCUGGAGGAGCAGGUGGAGCUGUGGUGGUUCAGAGAUCCUGGGAAGUCUCUGCUCUGCUACUGCGUGGCUGUACUUCUAAUCCUGGGCUGCGGGCUGGGCGGGGUCGGCCUCCUCUCCACCACCACCAGCGUCUCAAGCGAGUGGCGGCUGGGCGUGGGCACGGCCCUCUGCCUGCUGGCCCUGGGGGUCCUGCUCAAACAGCUGCUCAGCUCGGCCGUGCAGGACAUGAAUUGCGUUCGAAGCCGACAGCGGAUCAAUAUGUUAAAAAGUGGCGGUUUAUCUGACCUCCUUGUGGUUUUGAUCACAGGGCUGUCGCUGGUGAUCUGUGGAGGGGUCCUACUACGCCUGGCCUUGGCUAACCACAUGCCGAAGCCUGGCCAAGCCCUUAAUGACAUGUACAUCUCCGGAGUGGUUUUGCUAGCUGGAGGGGGGGCUGCCGUUGUGGGCGUUGGAAUAUACUCUGUUGUGGUCAUCCUGCUUGAGAGGACGAGGCACGGACGAAGGCUGGUGGACCGGAUGUUGAAUAUCUUCACUGUUUCUGGACACAUGGACCGCCAGGGUCGCAGAGAGACUACCUCCAGUCUGGCUAAUCUCAUAUGAGACACUACGACAGUGUAUUUUUGCUCUCCAUGUCAGAACAUUUAGCCUCAACUAAAUUAGAGCAGCCCAAAAUAUUACAAGAAAUCUGAAGAUUCAGCCCUUACAUGCUUCAGCUUUGUCUCUAUAGCUGAUUAGACUGUGUAUGAGGCAAAAUGAUGAAAUUUGUAAUAUCUGCUUGGUGAAGAUGUCCGCAUUAAGCAAUCAAAUCUCACAGAGCGAGGAUGAGAGGACUGAAGAGUAACACACUGACGGCUAUGCUCACAAUGCAGCUGAAAAUGUCCCAAUUCAGAUUUAUUUCUCAACAUGUGACAAAUUCAGAUGCUGUGCUAUGUAAUGUACACGAGUGACAUCUGAAAGCUUAAAUCAGCAUUUUAUUUAAAUUCUAUAAAUCUUACUUAUUAUUACUAACCAUUCACAUAGGACAAAUGCCAACAUGUUGGUGCCUGUGGCAGUUUGGUAUAGAGGGAGUGUUAGUAUGCAGGACACCAACAAAAGCAUGGAAAAGAAGUUUUUAAAACGUUGACCCAAGUGGUAUUUAGGGAGAUUCAGUGAAAUGAAAAGCACAUAUAUCAGCUGAAACACAUCUUAAACUAAAGGGAGAAGUGCAAUCUUUUGAUAUUAUUGUUAUCGGACUGGUGCAGCUGUCUGGAAUCGAACACAAAGGCCUGUGGUGUGAGCAUAGCCUAUACAAUGAAACUGGUCAUUUGGUUUAUACUGUAUGAAGCUCUUCUCCACAGCACUUCUACACAGAUGAAGAGACAUUGCCAAAGUCGACAAAAGAGAGUGAUUAGAGGGGUCAGCUACAAAUUGGACUGUCACACACUCAAGAUAAUUCAUCAGUUAUAAACAUGUAUCCUGUAAAAGUGUCCUUGGGCCACACGCCUGACCACUACCUGCUCCAUUAUUGUACCAUAACAUGAAUAAGAACACCAGCUGAAAGGCUAACAUGUAAAUGGCAGAAUGAGUGAAUGAGUGAUAGAUGGGACAACGUAAAUAUAUAAUAUAUAUAAAAACAUAUUUUUAAAUUAUCUUUGUGAUUCAUGCACCUCCCUCACUCUGUCCAUGUUCAUAUGAAGAUAUGGAAAUAUUCAGCUGACACAUUUGAGGAUGGUCAAUAGCUCAGUGAGGCUAAACUCUGGAUAAUUGGAAUGACUUCUCCCCGUGAUCUCAUUUCUUUCCUCAGUUUUAUAAUAAUAUACCAUAAUAUAUUCAGUAUAGGGCAGUGGUGUUUGUCACAGACCUGGUCGAAACAUUUGGCCGCCUGUACACAUGAUACAAGACAACCUGAUUGUUGCAGAAUUACAUCACAGCACUUAAGAAUGUAUGGAUUAUUUGUGUUUUUGUGCAUCAACGCAGUAUUGUCUUCACCUCGUUUUCCUUAAACCUGCUUUAAUCUAUAUUUUUGAUAUUAACAUCGAAUCAAAUUACUCUAUGUAGGCUUAAUGUAAAAUGCUCAUUCAUGAUUGUGCUGAAGUCAUGGAGAAUCAGAGUUUUUUUUAGCCUCUUAGCUGUUUUUAUUAUAUGGAUGAGUCUCAUUGCUCUCAUUGAUCCUUGUUGGAAACACUUUCAGCCAUAAAGCUCUGAUAAACCCCACUGUACACCACCUACACACCACCAACGGGCAAACAACUAUGAUGAACUCGCUAGCAUCUCGCUAGCUAAAGAUCCAAAUAUUUUCCUGAGGAGUUGGUGGAGACCAAAUCAGAGCUAAAGGGAUAAAUAGCUACUGGAUUUACAUUUAUCAGAAACCGAACUCUAUAUAAAUGUGUCUGUUGAAUGUAUAAGUAGGGAAUGGCUGCAGUCCAUAAACACAGUUUGGACUUGUCAUUGUCAACUUUUGUUAUUUCAAAGACGGGUGUUUCUAACAAGUUGCAGAUUCACAUGGCAGCAUCGGGCACACACAAGCAGCGGACAGUCAUUAAUCAAAGAAAGCAAAUAAAUGUAUUUCCCAAA